AUGUGUGAAUCGGUACUUUAUAAAUGCGAAAAAUUGGAUAUUAAUGAUGCUUUCAAAUUUGAAGAUGACUUAGAUCCAAAAGUAUAUGAUAGACUAAAUGAUGAAGAAACAAUAGAAAACAUUAAAGAUUAUUAUGAUAUUUGGCAAACGUAUUUAAAAGCACUUUUAAAUUCUGUUUCAAGAACGUUAAUUAAAGAAAUUUGGCGAGUUGCUCCAUACAUAGUACCAGAUUCAUACCAGCAUAAUAUUAUGCUUAAUAAUAGUUCAGAAUCAUAUGCAAAAAAAAUGGAUUAUAGUCGUAUUAUAAGCCAUUUUAAGAAAGCGUUAAGUUAUUCAUUAGAAGAUAAUGACCAAAAUGAUUUGGACAAGCUUAUUUUAUCUUACAUAGCUAAAAAAGAAGCAAUUCAGAAUUCUGAAAAUCAGCCAGUAUCUAGUGAGAAAGAUCAAGACUUGGAUAGUAUAAAACUUUCUGAUGGUCGUAUUUAUCAUCCUGAUGAUGUUAAAGAUCCAGUAAUACGUAGGGGUAAAGCUUUUAAUGAAGAAAAUAAUAAGAUAGGUAGUUAUAGAAAACAACCAGAAUAUUUGGAAAAUGUUGAUGGUGAAGAUAGCGAAGCUAGUGUACAUAGACGUAAAUGUGGAUUGUGCCAUCAGACUGGUCACUAUGCUCCUAGAUGUCCUAAUAGGGAAAAUGUUCAAAUGUAA